UAACAGUAACCACAAUAUGCUUGGUUAUGGCUAUGAUUUUUUGCAGCGCAACCGCUACAAUUGAAUCACCGCAAUACACUGUCGUCCACACCGAAUCUGAUUUUGAGAUCAGACUCUACAGAACCUCCGUCUGGAUGUCCGCAUCUGCCGUAGGCAUCUCCUCCUUCGAGAAAGCCACAUGGAACGGUUUCCACAGAUUAUUCCAAUUCAUACAAGGCGCAAAUCUCAAUUUCUCGCGAAUUCCAAUGACGUCUCCAGUCGUAACUUGCAUGGUUCCCAAGUCCGGUCCUCUUGACUCCGAAGGCUAUUACGUUGGUUUCUAUUUGCCGGUAAAGUUUCAAGAGAAUCCACCGGUUCCACUUCCAGAAUUGAAUAUUAAGCCUUAUGAAUUUGAUAGCCACUGUGUUGCUGUGAGAAAGUUCUCUGGAUCUACGUGGGACGAAAGGAUUGUUGAAGAGGCGGAGAAGCUGGAUAAGAGUUUGAGUAGAUCUAAGUGGAGUGAUUCAAAGAUUGAACAACGUGGUUACUCGAUCGCACAAUAUGAUACUCCUUUUCGUAGUGCGAAAAGGAGAAAUGAGGUUUGGGUUGGUGUUCAUGCUCCUAAAUUAGGGUGUAAAGCUAUUGGUGUUGCAGCAUAUUGAUCAUUCAUAUUCAGUUCAUAUUAUUAUUUCAUUCUUA